UUUGCAGCUAAACUUGAUGGCGUUAAAACGUAUAUGCGUAUGCGACGUGUACCCAAUCAUCUGCAGGUGAAAGUCAUCAAAUGGUUUGAUUACCUGUGGCUGACACAGAAAUGUUCCGAUGAGGAACGUGCCGUAUCAUGUCUUCCUGAUAAAUUAAAGGCUGAAAUAGCAAUUAACGUCCAUUUAGAUACACUUAAGCGAGUUGAAAUUUUUCAAAAUACUGAAGCUGGUUUCCUGUGUGAAUUGGUCUUACGAUUGCGUCCUGUACUUUUUUCACCCGGGGAUUAUAUAUGUCGAAAAGGUGAAGUUGGCAAAGAAAUGUACAUUGUUAAUCGUGGACGUUUGCAAGUAGUGGCUGAUAAUGGCAAAACCGUAAUGGCUUCAUUAAAGGCAGGUUCCUAUUUUGGAGAGAUAAGCAUAUUAAAUAUGGGCACAGCAGGUAAUCGUCGUACAGCAUCUGUACGUUCCGUGGGUUACAGUGAUUUAUUCGUGCUGAGCAAAAAGGAUAUGUGGGACGUUUUAAAGGAAUAUCCCGCCGCACGUGUACGACUGGAAUCAAUUGCUGUUAAACGUUUAGAGAAAUAUAAAAAAGCACCAUUGGAAAAAGUACAAUACUUUAAUACAGUUGCCAUGGGUCGAUGUCAGUCAACACCGGGCUUGGUGGAAAGUUGUGGUCGUACUACAUUAGAAGAUAUGUAUUUGCCACAGCCACCAUUAGUGCCACAUUCUGUGCUAUUGCAACAGCAGCAACAACAACAACAAACACAGCGUCAAACGCCACACGAUCAAGUACAACAGCAGCAACAUUUACAAAAUUUGGCAUAUAGUCGAGCUCCUAGUCCACGUUCUAGUCAAACAUAUAUUGAACGUAUACAACGUACUACAGAAUCACCCGGUUCUUUAAGUCCCAGUGUGCACAGUCACAUUUGCGACUCUAGUUCUCACUUGGAUUGUUACGGUACCGGAACCUCCGUAGCCAGUGUAGUAGGUGGCGGCACAACACCCCUAUUGGGAUCACACGAAGCUUUAGAAGAUGAAAUCAAACGUUUGCGUGAACGGCUACAUACAGUAGAAUCGGAAAAUCAAGCAUUAAAUACAAAACUAUCACAACAACAAUGGGAUUUGGAAAAUCGUUUGGCUGAAAUUGAAAUGCAAAUAUGCGGUGUCUCAUCGACAUCAAGUCUAGAUCCAGAACAUGAAACGGAAGAAAUGGAAAGAAAUCGUGAGAGUAUCAUAUAACACGGGAGCGAGCUGCCCCAUCAGCCGAUCGGAGCAGCAGCUGCAACAACAAAAAUAUCCUUAACCAAACGAGCUUUAAUCGAUGAUGCCAAUUCAUCGUCUCCGUUAACGUUUAAUACCUACAGACGUUUCUCAAAUAUGGCCACCCAAACUCCAACAUCAUCAACGA